GGCAUUUCGUUCACUCUAUUGCGCGAGUAGAGUUGAGAAUUAAAGAGGAAUCGUGAAUUUAACGUUCACGUUAAAUAUAUCUACGGAAAGUCCAAGCGUUUAGCAGUCAAUUAGAAAUCCUUUCUCAAGGAUAAACAUCGAAUAUACGGUCUAAACUCCGACGAUUAAUUCAGGUGUCGCGAGGAAAACGUUGAAUCAGUCCUAUCAGCCAUGGCUGCUAUGUCCGUGAUUGGAAUCGACUUUGGCAACGAGAGCUGUUAUGUGGCCGUAGCACGCGCUGGUGGUAUUGAGACAAUAGCUAAUGAUUACAGCCUUCGAAACACACCAUCAUGUGUGGCAUUCAGUGGAAAAAAUCGAAUUCUUGGUGUGGCGGCUAAAAACCAAAUGGUCACCAAUAUGAAAAAUACAAUUCAUGGCUUCAAACGUCUAUUAGGUAGAAAGUACAAUGAUCCUCAAGUACAGAAAGAACUUCAAUUGUUACCUUUUAAGGUAACUCAGCAGGGGGAAGGAAAUAUUGGUAUACAUGUACAAUACUUGGGAGAGGAACACAUCUUUAGUCCUGAACAAAUCACUGCAAUGUUGUUCACAAAAUUAAAGGAUAUAUCUGAAACUGCUCUUCAAACUGUUAUUAACGAUUGCGUUAUUUCUGUUCCUUCAUAUUAUACACAAUCGGAGCGUCAGGCGUUGCUUGAUGCCGCAAGAAUCGCAGGCUUGAACGUUCUUAGAUUAUUCAAUGAGACAACUGCUACUGCUUUAUGCUAUGGUAUUUAUAAACAAGAUUUACCUGCACCCACAGCAACCCCAAGAAAUGUAGUUUUCGUCGAUUGUGGAUAUGCUAGCUUGCAAGUAAGCAUUUGCGCAUUCCACAAAGGAAAACUGAAGAUGUUAGCAAGUGCUGCCGAUAGUCAGUUAGGUGGAAGGGACAUAGAUUCUAUUUUAGCUGAACAUUUUUGUAAAGAUUUUCAGUCACGUUAUAAAAUUGAUGCACGUACCAAUCCACGUGCAUACGUAAGGUUACUAGCGGAGGUAGAAAAGUUGAAGAAGCAAAUGUCAGCCAACUCAACGAUGCUUCCCCUUAACAUCGAAUGUUUCAUGGAAGAGAAAGAUGUACACGGAGACCUGAAACGUGCAGAUAUGGAAGCGAUGUGUGCACAUUUAUUUAAACGCGUGGAAUUGACAUUGCGGGCAUGUUUUGAAAGCUCCAGAUUGAAAAUGGAGGAAAUUCAUUCGGUGGAAUUAGCGGGUGGUUCUAGUCGUGUACCUGCUAUUAAACGAUUGGUGGAAGAAUUCUUUGGUCGACCUGUGUCCACAACAUUGAAUCAAGAUGAAGCUGUCGCUCGAGGUUGCGCGCUUCAGUGCGCAAUGUUAAGCCCUGCGGUAAGAGUACGUGAAUUUUCUGUCACGGACAUUCAACCGUAUCCAGUGAAGUUAACCUGGAAUGCUGUUCAAGGUGAAGACGGUGAAAUGGAAGUGUUUGGACAGAACCAUCCUGUACCGUUCUCAAAGAUGUUGACAUUUUAUCGAUCGAGUCCAUUUAUGCUCACUGCGACUUAUAACGUACCACCGCCCGGGUAUCCUCAGACUCACGUUGGUGUGUUUGUAAUAAAGAAUGUAAAGCCAACACCAGAGGGUGAGUCUUCGAAAGUGAAAGUAAAAGUGAGGAUAAAUUUGAAUGGAAUCCUCACUGUUGCCUCGGCUUCCCUUGUUGAAAAACGCGAGCUUACGCAACAGGAGAAAGAAGAGGAGGAAAAGAAACUUCAGCAGCAGCAGCAACAACAACAACAAAUGGAUGUUGAUCAACAAGCGGAGAAAAAGGAUAAGCCUGAUCAAGAUGCACAAGCAAACGAACCGCCAGCACCAGAGGUAAGCAUGGAUAAAACGAGACGGAACUCAGAUGCUGAUGAUGGUGGAAGAGGUGCGAGGGGUUCUGCCCCUUCCUACCCCUCCAGGAUUCUCUCUUGGUUCAGCUCGGGAGACGACAAGGGCGAGGACAAUAAACGUAAAAAGAAAGUUCCUGUUUGUACCGUUGACUUACCAGUGGAGGUACAUGGAUUUGGUCUUUCUCAGCGUGAUUUGGAUGCUGCACAACAGAAAGAGUGCAAGAUGGUAUCCGAAGAUAAACAAGAAAAGGAACGCGUUGAUGCCCGUAACGCGUUGGAAGAAUACGUUUAUGAUUUACGUGCUAAAGUGUCAGACGAAGACGAAUUAGCCACAUUUAUUACAGAAGCAGACAGAGAAGGACUUUGUCGCACGCUAAACGAAACUGAAGAAUGGCUUUACGAAGAAGGAGAAGAUUGUCAACGACAAGUUUACGUAGAACGGCUAGUACGCCUUAAAUCACAAGGUGAACCAAUUAAAGAAAGGCGACAAGAAUUCGAAGGCAGGCAUCACGCGUUCGAAGAAUUAGCGGGAGCGUUACAAUUAGCAAAGAAAGCUGUGGAUCACAUUAAAGCGGCCAAUGGGAAAGACGACAAAUAUUCCCACCUAACAGACGAAGAGGUGAAAAAAGUUGACAAAACUGUGCAAGAUAAGUGGGCAUGGCUAGAAGACAAUCGCAUGGUUCUUGCCAGCAUACCUCGCACACAAACGCCACCAGUUACUGUUGCUCAAAUACGCGCAGAAAAACAGUCGUUGGAUAGUAUUAUAUCGCCAAUUCUAAACAAACCAAAACCUAAAGUCGAGAUUCCAAAGGAAGACAAAUCAAAAGAUAAAAAUGCUGAAGAUCAGAAAAAUUAUCAAAACAACAGUCAAGGCGAUGGCCAGCGACAGGCUAAUCAACAACAACCACAAGAAGACGAGAUGGACGUUGAGUAACAUUCAUCCCAUUUUAUAUGUUUUAAUACUAUUGAAUCUAUCAUGAUUAAAAUAAUGAAAAUUAUUUCAUCAUACAAGUCAUCUUUAUCAUGUCACAAAAGCACCUGAUUCGUUUUUAGUUAGCACAUGCGAUCGUUUCGUUUUCUUUUUUUUUCCUUUCACUAUUAUUAGAUGUGAUAAGCUGACCUAUUUAAGGACAAAACGUCAACAAUUUAAGUAUGUCUAAAAUUGAAGAAUUUUUUCCCUAGAUUACAAUGGAGGGAGACUGUAUGUGUUCAUAUUAGAUAUUCAAUUAAUUUGACGAAUAUUAUUUCGCUGGAACAAAUAAUGAUACUUCAAGAAUAUUGACACGUAAUUGAGAAUGCACGCCAAAAAUUCUCUGGAAUAUUUCAUAAUUUUUUUUUUAUUUUAAUUAAUAAGGGUAUGAAAGAUUUCCCUCAUAGGAUUGUAUAUUUUCUAUUUCGUGUUAAACUAAAUGGCUAAACCAACACUGUAUAGAACGUUACGUAAGAAAUGUAGUUCCUUAUUUUUUGGUAACAUGUCGUAACCCUCCAAUAUUAAAAAAUUCUGCAAUUUUUAAUAUACUAAUAAUAGGAAAAAGUGUAACUAAAUUUUCAUCAGUGGAGUACUCUAAAGAGAUCCCUGAUUUCAUUGCCAGUAGGAAGAUUUAAUAUUUUGCGACCUAUAAUAUAUAGGACAAAUGAUAAGUUAGAACUAAUGAAUAAAUUAAAUUGUGAAGUAGAUAA